GCGUACCGGCAAGUGCGCAACGUACAAGGAGAAAGACGUUUAUCGUACCGCUUCGUUAGUUCGUUCCAUCAGGAGAUAAAAUUAUAGAAAUUCCUAACGAUUCGGAGUCUCAUCGACGAUGUCUCGCGUUCACGCGGGUGCGCUAAUCUGCGCUCUCGCGUUCUACCUGGGGACGUACAGCGGUUGCACCGCGGCCAACCUGGAUGGAAUCGUCGACCCGAACUUGACCAUCAGGAGCGUCGAGCGACACAUCGACCUGCAGUCCCAGCUAACCAAAAUCACCACUCGAGUGGUGAUGGAAAACAAGCAAGGCAAAGAAGACCGCGUCCGGAAUUUCCUCUUCUGCCUGGACAAUGCUCAGAGUAGAUUCAUCAGUUAUAUAGCGGCACGUGUGGAACCUGAUAAACUGGAGUUGAAGGUGAAGGAGACCAAAGUGCCAGCGCAUCGUGAUCGAGUCUUCUAUUCCGUUGAUCUCGGCAAUCAUCUGGCAGCUCGGCGUUCUCUCACUAUUGAACUGGAGACAGUAUUCACGCACGAGCUAGUACCGCAUCCCAAGCAGAUCACUCAACAGGAGAAGCAACUCGUCAGGUACACAGGCAAUGUGUAUGCCUGCUUGCCCUAUCCUGUCACCAAGCAGACCACCUACGUGGCACUACCCACUCGCAAUCUCGAAAGCUACACCAAGAUCAAGCCUGUUUCCCAGACUGGCUCGAUGUUGGCUUAUGGUCCAUAUGAGUCUCAACCGCCAUUCUCCUAUGAGGAAAUGACUGUACACUUCGAGAACAACAAUAAGUUCCUCACAGUAACGAGGCUCGAGAGGGUCCUCGAGAUCUCUCACUGGGGUAACAUAGCUGUCGAGGAGCAUAUUGAUCUUUUACAUACUGGAGCGUUGCUGAAAGGCUCCUUCUCACGUUACGAGUACGCCCGGGAAUCCAAAUCUGGACAGGCAAGUAUCCAAAGUUUCGAUACUAUCCUGCCGGCGGCCGCUUCCGACAUUUAUUACAGAGACGAGAUCGGUAACAUCUCCACAUCGCACACCCGCAUCAAGAAGGAUUCAGUGGAACUGAAUCUGCGGCCGAGAUUCCCAUUGUUCGGUGGUUGGAAGACUCGUUACACAAUUGGUUACAAUGUACCCAGCUAUGAGUACCUCUUCCAUUCUGGGGACGAGUUCGCCUUGGAGAUGAGACUGCUAGAUCACAUCUUCGACGACAUGGUGGUGGAUGAGAUGGUCCUGAAGAUUAUUCUGCCGGAGGGUGCAAGGAACAUAAAGCUGGAGCUGCCUUAUCCUGUGAACCGCCUGCCAGAUUCCCUGCAUUAUACGUAUCUGGAUGUCACUGGGCGUCCGGUGAUAUCUGUGACUAAAAAUAAUUUGGUGGAGAAUCAUAUUCAGAGUUUCAGGCUCAAGUAUACGUUCCCGCGUCUGCUGAUGCUGCAGGAACCGCUGAUGAUCGUGCUGGCGUUGUGGCUGAUGUUCCUGGCGGUCAUAGUAUACGUGAGAUGUGAUUUCUCCAUCGAUAAGGAUGAAGUGUCGGAGAGCAAGCUGAGGAUCGCCGGUCAGUGCGAGAAAGUUCUCGCUGCUCAGGAUCGCAGGAUCGCGACUUACUAUAAUCUGGAGGAGCAGCUGUCGUACCUGAAAGUGUCUAAGGACACCAACAGUUUCCAGUCCGCGAUAAAGGGUAUCAAUCAGGAAUACAAGGCGGCGAACAAUGCACUCAACGAGAUCGCGCAGAAGAUAAAGGGAGAGUCCACCGACGUGUACGAUCGCAUCCAGGAGUUACAAAAGUGCGAUCGUUAUCUGAAGGAGAUCUACGGCCAACUGCAGGCAUUGUACUUGGAGAAACUGAUCCCGGGCAAGAUCAGUCGGCAGCAAUUCAUCGACAUGGAGACGACGAUCUCCAGGAAAAAGGAGGACUGUAUUGAGAAGAUUAACACAAUCAUCAAAUCGCUCCGGUAAUCAUGUUUCGCGAACGAACUCUAGAAUUUCGAGAGCAACGAUGGUACAUUUGCAAUACAGUAACGCCUCGCAUUUGUUAAUAUUCCAUUCGCGAGUAUGAUUGAGAAAGAAUUCCAUACAUUCACAAGCGCAU